UCCGGUGGAUGCUGGUCUGUUCCGACUGACCUGGUUCUGCGAACAAGGAAACUAACCGAGAGGUUCAAUGAGAUCAUACACUACUCUGAACAUUUCAGUUUAUCUGAGAAUGAUGGAGAGAGACGAUUUACUCCAGAUCUUAGUACUUUGCGGCAUACAAGCUCUGUAGUAUUCGACAAAGCAUUGUUUGGCGAGAGCAAGACAGAGACAAGAUAAUUGACAAGUUCCUGUCUAGGAAAGGGGAAAAUGCAGAAAAUCCGUUUCUGUCAUGGCCAUUGUUGGUAUGGGAGGAUUAGGCAAGACAACAUUAGCGCAACUUGUGUUUAACAGCCUGAGGUUGAAAGAAUCCUUUGAGAAGCAUGCCUGGGUUUGUGUGUCCGAGAAUUUUGACAUCAAAACAAUGACAAGGAACAUCAUUACUUCCCUAACGGGUGAGCAAUGUAUGUAUACAGAGCUUGCUGAUCUACAGAGGGAAUUAUCAACAGAAAUGAAUGGCAGGAGGGUUAUGCUAGUGUUGGAUGAUGUAUGGAAUGAGCGAAGAGACUGCUGGGAGUUGUUUUGUGCUCCUAUGACAGCUGCAAAGGUUUGUCAGAUCAUAGUUACCACUCGGAGCGAGGCAGUGGCAAGGCUGAUACAGACUAUGCCUUUUUAUCCCCUAAAUUGUCUAAGUUUUGAUGAGAGCUGGUCGUUGUUCUGCAAAGCUGUCUUGACCGCUGAACAAAAGUCUAAUGACAUCCCAACAAACCUAAUGAAGAUUAUUGUUAUAAAGUGCAAGGGCUUGCCACUAGCGAUUAAGACACUAGGAAGCAUGUUUUUUUCUCGAAUACGCAGGAGAUCUACGCAUCAUUAA